AUGUUAACUGGGUAUGCAUUUGGUUGGGGUGUCCCAAGAAAACGGUUUUUGGUGACUAUUAAUUCCAGAGCCCAGUUGUUUUGUCUACCGCGACGGAUGUUUUCAUCUAAACCAGAGAUACAUAGUGUUGGGGGUUCUCAGAAAUUAGGUGCUAGACCUGAUAGUGAAGUACCCCUAGAUGAUCUGACGAUGAGUCCCUCAGCUCUUUUGCGCGCUCAACAGCGCGAAAAAGAAUCCAUGGUGAAAAAUAUGUCUGAUGAAAUGGUUCCACCUCCACCCCCACGUCGUUCUGGCAAGACAAUCAUAAUGGAGACGAAAAACAUUUCGGAAAGUGGUUUAGGCAAGUCAAAAGAAGAAUCCAAUGAUCUAGGAAAGGGUAAUCAAAGACCUGUAACAAAUAAUCGGUUUCUUCAGAAGUUAACUGAAAUGGAAAAUUCUACAGGAACAAGUAGCUCUGGCCUUAAUAGUGCUUCUAAGGCACGUAAACAAGCACGUGAAGAAAAAGUACUAAAAGAACGAGAACGUAUGCUUAUCUUUAGGGAUGUUGGUAUGGAUUUAGAUAAGCCGAUUCUUUCACGAGAUGUAUUCCUUGUGUUUAAGUAUUUUCGUUAUGGUAUUGAGUUUGCGGUCGAUAAUGAAUUGGAGCGAAUGCUAAGAUAUUUUAAUGAACAUGCCUUAAAUGAGCUUAAAAUUAUACAAAAUAGUAAACUUAUGCGGGGUCCGGCUACCCUUAGCCGGAAAAGGAAUCUUGCAAAUCAUGAAUCUAUGCCUUUUCAACUAACACCAUCAUUCCCAUUAUUACAAGCGGCCAACAUGCGACAAUAUUGUCGUUAUACAAAGGAGCUGGAACAGAAACUGGAUAUUUUAUUUAAACCAAAUUCUCUUUGUAAUUUCUACCGUAAGGAAAAAAAGGGGGAUAAUUUAAAUUCACUUAAGACUUUUCACUCGUUUUGUGAAAAUGAUUCCACACAAAUGACAUCAUUUUCUCCAUCGACUUUUAGACGGCCUGCGGUCAUUAUAUAUUCGCAAUUGGGGCAAAAACUUGGAGCACAAGCAGAUUUAGAAUGGCGUCGUCUAGCAUAUGCGACAAUUUAUCCCUCUUUAUUACAAUACCUUCCGGACGCAGAUAUUAAAGGAGAAGGACACAUUCUGUCGACAUCAGAACAUCAAAAAGGAGGAUUGCGUCUUCAUUCUAAAGAAGACUCACAUGGUAUUUCUAAGUCCAUUAUGCCGAUUGAUGUUGUUUCCUUUCGUAGUAUGGAUGUUUACAAAUAUCGUUGGGUACAUAAGUUAUAUGUGCGACGUUUUGCACAAUCACUAAUUCCAUCUGUACAAUCUUCAGAAUCUCAAACCAGUGAUACCCAAGUAAAUGGUUUACUAACGGCAUCAUCUACAUUUGUUGGAUGCAAGUUGCUUCAGCCCUUUUACUCAGUACUUGGUCUACGCAACUAUCUUUCUCCUCAUAUAAUGCUUGUAGACCAUGAGGGAAUGAUUAGAUGGUUGAGUGCCGGUUGUCCUGAUGAAUAUGAGAGAGAGCACUUUCCUGCCCUUUUAAGGCAACUUGAACACGAGUAUAAUAAAGCAAGAGCCAGGUAG